AUGUUGCGCUGUCGCCGGGCUAGCGCUGCCCUGCGAUGCGUACGCUCCUUCUAUUCCACUCCUCUUCGACGGCGGGAACUCUUCAAUCCGAGCGAUGUCGAGCGAGCAACGGACGAAGUCGAUGUCUGUAUCGUCGGCGCUGGUCCUGCAGGCCUCAGUGCUGCUAUCCGUCUUAAGCAGCUUGAGCAGCAAAAUGGCCGCGAAAUACGCGUCGUCGUCUUAGAAAAGGGCGCUGAAGUCGGCUCACAUAUCCUCUCCGGCGCCGUCAUCGAACCACGAGCCCUGAACGAGUUACUUCCGGAAUGGAAGGAUCGCUCCGACCACCCCCUCACGCAGCCAACGCAGCACACCUCCAUGCGCUUCUUCACUAAAUCCAUGUCCAUCCGGAUCCCGCAACCACCGCAGAUGGCGAAGACGGGAACUUACAUUGUAUCGCUCUCCCGUUUCACCGCCUGGCUGGGCGCGAUUGCUGAAGAGCUCGGCGUCGAGGUCUACCCCGGGUUUGCAGGCGCGGGACUCGUGUACAGCGAGGACGGGCGCCGCGUGCUUGGCGUGCGCACGAAUGAAGUCGGGCUCGACCGCGCAGGACGAAUGAAAGAGACGUUUGAGCCGGGUAUGGAGUUCCGUGCGCGCACAACGCUCCUCGCGGAGGGUGCACACGGUUCGCUCUCCAAAGAGGCAAUCCGUCGCUUCCGCCUACGCGAGGGCCGCGAUCCACAAACGUAUGGGAUCGGCUUGAAGGAAGUUUGGCGCGUCGACCCAUCCAAAUACCGCCCUGGACAAGUCGUACACACGAUGGGGUGGCCCAUCGACUGGAAAACGUACGGCGGAGGCUGGGUGUACCAUAUGGCUGAUGGCCUUGUCAGCUUGGGACUCGUUGUCGGGUUGGACUACGCGAAUCCUUAUUUGAGCCCAUACAGAGAGUUGCAGCGUAUGAAGCACCAUCCAUACUUUACUGACCUUCUUUCUGGCGACUCGACACGCAUCGCGUACGGCGCGCGCACGCUGAACGAAGGCGGGCUGCAGUCCAUCCCAAAAUUGCAUUUUCCUGGCGGCGCCCUGAUCGGCUGCUCCGCGGGCUUCGUCAACGUUGCGAAGAUCAAGGGCACACACAACGCGAUGAAGAGCGGCAUGCUUGCCGCUGAAGCCGCCUUCAAUGCGAUCACCGCGCAGGAUUCCGACGCGUCCGCCUCGGAGGGCGAGAACGCGACCGUAGAUAUGAGCAAGUACGAAGAGUCACUGCGCGAGAGCUGGGUAUGGUCCGACCUGUACGAAGUGCGUAACGUGCGGCCAUCGUUCAACACGCCGCUGCGGAUGUGGGGUGGCAUUGCGUAUUCGGGGGUGGACACGCUGCUGCUCAAGGGCCGCACACCAUGGACGUUCCGCAACACGACCGGCAAGAGUGAUGCGGCGCAUACGCAGCGUGCCGCGUCGUGCAAGCCGAUCGAGUAUCCGCCGUUCCAGCCGCCGCUGUCGACGGAUUUACUUACAAGCCUUGCGCUCACCGGCACGAACCACGCCGAGGACCAGCCCGUGCACCUGCGUGUGCGGCAGUACACGCCCGCCGCAAGCUCUGUCGGCGCCGAGGGUGCAAAGGUGGGCGCGGCAGAGACGGAGACGUGGGAGGAGGACGGCGCGGUGCGCAGACACCAUGUCCAGGCGAACGUCGGCGAGUUUGCCGAAUUACUGGGCCGGGCAUGUCCAGCGCAGGUGUACGAAUACGUGGACGACGAGGGUGGCACGAAAGCGUCCGAGGAGGCUGAAGGUGAGGGGAAGAACGUAGAGGCUGAGGGAUGGGGUGGUAAGAAGCUCGUGAUCAACUCUCAAAAUUGCAUUCACUGCAAGCUGUGCGACAUCAAGGUGCCGACACAGGACAUCACCUGGACAGUGCCUGAGGGCGGCGGGGGACCGAAGUACACCAUCACAUGA